AUGUUGGCAGUUGUUGUAUCAGUGCUUUUUCUAAAAGUUAUUACGUCACAAUAUGUUUGCCAAGAUGGUUGUUGCGAGUCUGAUCCUAGAUGUUCAAAUUUCGAUUUCAUAAUGACAGCUUGCCUUGACUCAGAACAAUCAAAAAUCUGCCCGGUAACAUGUAAAACAUGUUCAGUAUCCCAAACAACAACAUCACCUCCUACGUUACUUUCUCCGAUGACGUCACCAUCUCCUUGUCGUGAUACAGAUCCAAGAUGUUUUGAAUUUGAUUUCAUAAUAUCAGGAUGUCUAGACCCAACACAAGCCUCUCUUUGUCCACAGAUGUGUGGUUUAUGUUCUGUGACAUCAACUCCAUUGCCAACAACACCCUCCCCCAUAACAACACUCCAAACGACAACAACGACCACAGAAAAUGUUUGUGAGGACACUGACCCACGCUGUGUGGAGUUCGAAUUUCUUAUGACCACUUGCCUUGAUAGUGAAAAGUCAAAAACUUGUCCGAAAAUGUGUGGCCUCUGUUCAGCAGAGACAACAACACAGGCGCCAACAACCACAACAAUAUUGACAACUACAGAGGCGACAACAACAACAUUGGCACCAACAACCACCCCGGCAUGUGUAGACACUGACCCACGCUGUGUUGAUUUUGAUUUUAUUAUCACUGCUUGUGUUGAUCCGAUCCAGUCAAAACUCUGUCCUCGCAUGUGCCAACUUUGUUGA